ACGUAAUAAAUCGCAAAACGUCAAAGCAACAAAAUUACAGCAGCAGGAUUAUCGUUUUAGGCCCAGCGAGCGAUUCGAUUCUGUAAAAUACGAAUUAAAUAACAGAAAAUCUACGACUAAACAGGUUAACCACCUCCAGAACCAUGGCCGCACAAGUGACCAUUGAUCAGCUUGAUAAGGAUCAGAUCAAGUCGUUCUCCGAUUUCCUGCUGUCGUACAAUAAACUGUCGGAACUGUGCUUUAUCGAUUGCGUGAAUGAAUUUACCGGCCGAAGCGUUUCCGACAAGGAGGACAAAUGCUCGCUGAACUGUAUGGAAAAGUUCCUGAAGAUGAACCAGCGGGUGUCGCAACGAUUCCAGGAGUUCCAAAUGUUGGCCAACGAGAAUGCUUUGGCCGCAGCUCAGAAGCUGGGCGGUGGUAAAUGAGAAUACUAGCUUUUUAACAGUGAAUUAGUUGUGUACAAAUGGAACAGUUUUGUUUUAAGCAUUAAAUUUAUUUUAUUUCAGCCAAUGGUAAUAAACAUGAUUUAUAAUGGUUAAUAA